AUGCCUGGCGCCAAUGUUGCAGUCCUGCCGCCGCCGGCAGCCUCGACAUCAUCCUCGCGAAAGGCGUCUCUCCCACCGGAGCGCACGUACAAAUGCCAGUUCUGCAACCGGGCUUUUAGUAGGAGCGAGCACCGAAGCCGACACGAACGAUCCCAUACCAAGGAGCGACCCUUUAAGUGCAUGAAGUGCAGAAGCACCUUUGUCCGCCGCGAUCUGCUCUUGAGACAUGAUCGGACCGUCCACGCCAAGGACGGCGGCGUUCCUCUGCACAGCGAUGGCAAACGUCGCGCCGCCGGCCCCAAGACACGAGCCAUUGGUGGCCCUUCCAAAGGCGCCCUGCCUCUUGACACGUCGACGUUGGAGCAGAUGGAAGCCGGCAACGACAGCAUCUUCGAUGUAGAGGCUGCGGCAAUACUUGUGGCCGACCUGCAUCACAAGGCCACGGCUGCCAUGAGCGGAGAAGUUGGCGUUUACCACGACGCCCCGCCCACGGCCUAUUCGCCUCGCCGCUCCUCCAUCUUCGAGUCUACCGUGACAUAUCCUUCUGGUGCUAUUGCUCUUCCUCACAAGGAGACCAAGGGACCCGUCUGGCAUCUAGGCAUGCAUGUAGAGUGUCUAGUACACUAG